CGCCGUUUUAAUAAAUUUAAUAUCUUCUUGACUCUAGUAGAUGAUACUUAAGAAGUCAACUUUGUGGUGCAUGUUGCUUGGCAUUUUACGCAGGAUGACAUCUCUGAGCACAGCUUGCCCUGAGCAGUAUGUGAUCUGGGAGACCCAGGAUCUUGUGGCAUACCUUCAUCCCUCUCCCUGGACUCCAGGGUCCACCAUUGUGGCUCGGAAGGUCCCUUGCAGUCAGCAAAACCUCUUUCAUUUGCCUGAGGACUCUUUCCUGGGCCUGAUGCUGGGUGCGCGGGCAGUUGGCAGCCUCCUUAGUGAACGCUUGGGGGUUCAACGCUGUGCUCUGGUGUACAGACCCAACAGGGAGAAACCCGCUGCUGAACUCCGCGUCCUGCCCCUGCAUGGCCUGGAGAAAGAGUGGAGACCCCACCUAGCUGAUGAAGAGGAGUUCCAACCCUAUGACCCAGGCUAUUGUAGCUCUAAGAGUGGCCCGCGAUGGAAAGAGUCUGACCUGACAGAAGUCAGGGAUAGGAUUCGGGCUAAACUUCCAGAUCCAGAUGCUCCUGCUAACCUCACCUUCUUCGGGGAAAGCACUCACCCCUGUCUGUUUUCGCGAAUUGUACGCGGAGAAGAACAACAGUGGCGGGUGUGGGAGGACGAGACACACGUGGCUGUCCUCACUCCCUUCCCCAAUACGCCGGGUCUCACUGUUGUGGUGCCUCGGAGGCCUCUGACCAGUGACAUCCUCCGACUGGAGGAGGCCGAUUAUCGGGGUCUGGUGCUCGCAACCCGAACCGUGGCCCAGUUACUGGAGAAGAGCCUGGGUGCAUGGGGAGUGGCACUCAUCUUUGAGGGCUUUGAGAUUGACUAUGCCCAUGCUAAGCUUAUUCCACUUAUCCUUCCCCCCGGAAACCAACCCCCAAAUGUUACCUGCUCUCCCCAACACCGUGCCAUUUAUCCUGGGUAUGUGACAUCAGCUGACGGCCCACCAGCUAGCUCAGAGAACCUCAGGCAGAUCCAUGCUAAGAUCGUACAGGUUUAAUUUAAAUAAUUCCACAUGUAAUACAGGACAGACCAUAAGGUCAAAAUUACUAAGGACCUUGAACAGAAAACAUCCCACAGUUUUUUUCUUUUUGCUUUAUUUUUCCAAGGACUAAAUUGGUAAUGUGAGUAAUGUAAACAUAUAGAAACCUGCAAGUGCAACACAAAGGGCUUAAAUGAGUGUUGUUACAAUUUUUUG